AAGAAAGAAAGAAAGACAUUUUUAAAUGUUAUUAAAAUAAAAUUUUUGUCGUCCAAAGAGGUAUUGUAUCAAAACGGUAUUAACUAAAAAGAAAUUAAAACAACUAAAAAUAGUAACGUUUUCACCUGUAUGUCUGUAUAUCCUGCUGUUAUUAGAGCGGAACACGAAUAUCAAUAAAGGAAAUGAGGAAUAGUGAUGCAGAGGGGAUGUCUCGACAUUAUAUUUUUAGGUUUUGCAUUUUACAUUCAACGAUACAAUUCCUUAAUUUUCCGGGUUCGCCGGGCUUAAUUUUUUCCCCUUGUUGCUUUCUCUAAUCAACACGCUUCAUUAACCGGAAAAAAUAUUUUGUUAGAAAAAAGAAUUCCCAGAGCGGAUCAAGCGAAGCGCGAAAGUUUUGGACAAUUUUAAUAAGUGUAAUAUACCCUCUCCUCUGAUUGGCCCAUCCUUGCACUGCUAGCUAUAACGAGCUCCCUGAUUGGCUGUAAGAUUAUAAUAUUUUGGUUGCUCAAGUCGACGUUGGUUUUGGUGCAGUCGCUAAUAACUUUGAACAAACUAAGGUCUUUUAUCAAACUAAAAUGGCKCAAAAAUGCCAUAAAACUUGCUUUUAAAUUUGUACAUAUUGGACUGGCUAUCUCUUUCCAAUUGAACCGCGAAGUACCGAUGUAAUACCGUCAACAAAUGUUCCGCAUAUUGCGUCGACCAGAUACUAGUAUUAUGGCUGAAUAAACAUUACCUUGCUUCCUUAAAAAAUGCCUGCUGAAGAGAAACGGUCCAGAGGAGAGGCAGAAACCGAAAUCAGCAAGGGUCAAGAAGCGAAAGAUUUAUCAAGGCUUCUGGACCUGGUCAACACACCUGCCAGUAAACAACAACUGCCUUCUAUCUCAUGGGUUUCUGAUGAAAAUCAGAAUCUCACUCAAGCAACAGUUGGCUGGAAUAACCAGGGGAGCCCCCCUAAGGGAGGAUCAGGAAGUGGACCUGCCUGUCAUCACCAGUCUACUGAGUCAUUGGCACUAGAACAAUUCAGCUCAAGAUACCAAAGUACAAGAAAUUUCACAUCUCAUCCACACCACAGCUAUUUCUUACAGGUGUUCACGUCCUUGGUUAAGCACAGAGUCUGCUGCUUAGAAUGGACACAGCGAGCACCACCAGAAAACAUCCUUCGUGUUCUAAUUUGCUUGAGGAUGCUCAUGAGGGACAAAGCAUUCCAGGCAUUAUUUUUUGAACUUGGAGGAGUAAAACUCUUAUCUGAGAGGUUGCAGCUUUUGACAGAGAAUUACUUGGAAAAUGGGGAGGAACAAUUCACAGUUGACAUCCUAAAAGAAAUGACAAAUAUUUGUCAAAAACUAUCUUCAGAUGUGAAGCAGAGGGAAUGGAUGGUGGCUUGUGGGACUCACAAGGCCCUGAUAUUACUGUUAUCAGCCAAUGAUGUCAUGGUAUUGCACUGUUCACUGUAUGCCCUGAUUGGAUUAGCACAAAGUGAAAAGCCAUGUGCUCUUAUUGGUGAGCUGAACUGCACAGAAACUAUACUUAGGAUUCUCCAAGAUUAUGAUAUGCUAUCAAAAACGCUGUCAGCAAACCUUCUAAGAAUAUUAUGCUCUGAUAGCAACAUCAGAGAACAAGUGAAAGUGUAUGAAGGAAUUCCAAUAUGUCUAAGUUUACUACACGAAGAAAACCUAAAAUUCUUAUGGAAUGUGGUGUGGAUUAUUGUACAGCUAGCAGAGGAUCCUGAUUCUAGUAAUGACAUUCGACUACUGGGAGGAAUUCCUCUUCUACUGGGCUUAUUACAGGAUCGUAGAGGACAGUCGGGAGAGAUUGGUUAUACAAACGGUGAUGUAGCGAGAGCGUCAACUAGUAGUGAGGCUGAUAGUGAUCCUCUAGAAGAUCAACUCUCUCUUAAAUCUGCGGUUUGUGCAGCGUUGACUGAGCUGGUUCUCAACGAUACGAAUGGACAGCAAAUCGUACAGGCAAAUGGUGUCUAUCUUUUGGGUCUGUUGAUAUUACCGCAAGAAACAUCCACGAGCGAAGAAGCUGCGGCUGUUGAGAACAUACAGAAAAGUGCCUUCAGAGCCUUAAGAUUUCUUUUCAGCAUGGAAAGGAACAGACAAUUAUUUAAAAGGCUAUUUCCUCCAAGUCUCUUUGAGAGCUUCAUCGAUGUUGGCCACUACGUACGGGACUUGAAUGCUUACAAGAAACUUGUUGAAGAGCUUAAUAGUGUAUCGGAAGAAGAUAUCAGCACCAUACGUAACAACAUCCUAGCCAUCAAUCAAUACAAGGCGCCUAUCAAAAUCAUUGGUUCAUAUGAAGUGUUAGAACUACUCGGUUCUGGUGCGUUUGGCAGUGUAUUCAAGGUGAGAAAAAGGCACGGAGGACAGUCGAUGCUUGCUAUGAAAGAGAUUUCAGUACACAGCCCCACACUGGGUAAGACAGCAAAGGAACGUGGUCAGAGUGUUGGAGAAAUAGUGAAUGAAACUAUAAUCAUGAAAGAACAGUUGAGACAUCCCAAUAUCGUUAGAUAUCAUAAAGCAUUUGAAGACAAGGAAAAACUUUAUAUCGUAAUGGAGCUUAUAGAGGGCGCCCCAAUGGGAGAACACUUUAACUCAUUGAUUGAGAAGCGUAGUAGAUUUACUGAAGAAAGAAUAUGGCAUAUCUUCAUCCAGAUCGUAUUAGGAUUAAGGUACAUUCAUAAAGAGAAACACAUCGUACACCGAGAUCUUACGCCCAAUAACAUCAUGUUGGGAGAAAACGAUAAAGUUACUAUCACUGACUUCGGUCUUGCCAAGCAAAAGAACCCGGAUGCAAGCAAGAUGAUGUCUGUCGUUGGAACGAUACUCUACUCUUGCCCUGAGGUAGUGCAAAGCCAACCAUACGGUGAGAAGGCAGAUGUCUGGGCCGCAGGGUGUAUACUCUACCAGAUGGCAACCCUAAAACCCCCUUUCUUUUCUUCCAAUAUGUUAGCAUUAGCCACAAAGAUUGUUGAGGCCAAGUAUGACCCAAUACCUUCGGGACAAUAUUCUGAUAAAGUUACCGAAACAGUGAGAAGGUGUUUAACGGCAGAUCCAAGCGAAAGGCCUGAUAUUGUGGAGGUUGGUUCAAUCAUCAGUGAUGUGAUGCUGGUAUACAUGGAUAAACUGAGGGCUAACGAAAUUAAUCUUGAAAAGAAACUCGAACGAGAACGCAAGAGGACACAAAGGCAUUACUUAGAAGCCACGCGGAACAUGCAGAAUUAUCAUCGCCUAUUUUGGGCCUCUCAAGAACGUUACGAUAAGCUUGUCAAUCUAUCAAGCAGCGGUGGAGCUGCUGGCCUUAAAGGAGUAAGGGACUCUGACACCGACAUGGUCUUCGACAAUGGCGACCAAGGCGAGCCUGGAUCUACAGAUGCGGGUAUAUUCAUAAACACCRAAUCCAGCUCAAACAAUUCUGGAUCUUCAGGAACAAGUAGUGAUAUCAUCAAUGAAUCUAACAUAAAGGCAUUAAGCUCGUCCUCACCUAACUUAUCUAGUACAAGACGCACUUCAAGAAAAGAACUGAACCCUCUAAAGACUCCCGGAGAUAAAGGAAUGAAAGGAACUCCAGAGAAAACUCCAAUUGGUAGCAGAUCUAAAUACGAUAAGUCCGGUGAUAAUUUCGCUAUACCUAAGCCCCCAGGUCAACGCAAAGGGGCACGAAGACCGCUUAACCUAGAACUAUUUCCUAGUAAUAAAACUACGGGAACGAUAAAUGGAGGGAACAGUAUAGCGAUUUCUACUCCUAAUUCACCCGUGGUGACUACGCCCAGCAGUGUUGACAUUGCUGUUACGAGGAGAACGCAAAGCAGUUCGUCACUUGAAGCAUACAGGAGACAGACUUCUGGACAACUCAAAUCCAGACCACCCACUGCAGCUGCUACUCUUAGCAUUUCACCAAGAAAAGUUCGACAAAUCAACGAUCCAAUAUCACAAAUCUUAAAUCAACUGCAUAAAAUCAUAUUUAUUACACAGCUUCCUCCAACGUUAUCGCCCAAUCCACAAAGAAGAAUAAUAGAACGGUUCAAACGUGCACUUUUCGCGCCACAGAGCAGCUCAUUCAACUUGAAAAGCGAAAUUAAAAAGGUCAUCGAAGGCUCACGCGAAGUUGUUGACCUUCACAGUUGGUUUGGCGAUCCUUCAUUCUUGGGUCACCAACAGGACUGUCCCACCGAUAAACUAGCCAGCGGCACUGGAUUAGAAAGUGUUGACAAGCAAGAGAUUGGGAUUACCUAUGAAACAAUACAGAAUACCAUUGAAAAUGUACUGAUGGAGAGCGGAUAUUACGAUGUGUCACCAAGUGUACGGAAUAGAUCAGCUCCACUGGGUCCAAUAGGGUCAUCGUCUAGUGCUCCUUCCAAGAGAGGAUGUAUAUCAUAGCACCAGGUCAAACCAAAAUACCAAUAUAGAAAGUAAUAUAUAGACAAAUAUAUGUACAUCGAUCAUCGUCACUCUAUUAAGACGAUCUUCUUUGUAGAAUGAAGUUUCAGAUGCACGGCGCAUAGAUGCAAACCAUCUUYGUGGGCUGACUUGUAAAGGAUUCAUAAUCUGCCCCAUCAUCUGCGCUGUCAGAUCAGUUUUCGUCAAAAAUGCAAACUCUUAGAAAUUCCGACCUUUUUAAUUAUAAUAUUGAGCAAUCAGAAAUCAGAUGUGGUCGGAUUCUUCCAAAAUCUUACGCUUCUUUUAGGAGACCCAAUGAACAUUUGCUCAAAAUGAGGAUGGUUCGGUGCAACGUUCGUAGCCUGUAGUGUAAAGAAGCGCAAGGAAACUAGACCGGGGAAAGUAUUACCAGAAGAGAGGCGAUAGGAUAGAGCGCUUCUUUUAACUCUGUUACCCCUUUUGGAGUCCUUUCCCUCUGACAACUCCCUUCGCAACGUUAAGCUAGCUACGCUGACUCAAAACGCUUUCUUUCAUGUCUCGACGGCAAAAAGAUAUUUUUGCAAUCGAGACAACAAGAAUACAUAAAUGAUAUUAAUAGAUAGUUAUUAACACUAAUAUAUUUUUAUAGAAAUCGCAAAGGCUUUCUUAGCAGGCAGUUGAUAUAACCGUACGUGUUCAUAUAGACAACGAAUUACCAAACAUAAAUUAAUAGAUAACUAACAAGUCUAGAACGUCAAGGAAUGAGAACGACGUGAAGACUCAAAUAUGAGUGUCACUCGAUAAAGAAACAAAAGCACAAGUCAGUGACUAUUUAGCUUAGAUUUAGCAGUAAAAUAACAAUGAAUGCUCUGUGAAGAGAGAAUUCUUCGAUUGCACAUUACGUCAUUGCGUCCUCUCGGGGCAGCCUUGGUGCCAUUUAACAAACGAUUUCUUAUUAGCAUCCAUUGUUAACGGCAACACAAUGGCCACCAUGCUUUCGUCUCGUAGCUCUCUUGGGAAUGCUUGGAACCCAUAUAGAGGUUUUGCAGCAUCACGUGACAGCAGCCAUGUAAAAUGGCUGGAACAAUACAAUCGUUUUACAUGAGAAAGAAUUCAAUUCCCAAGAGCAGAGGGAUUUUAUUAUUCUGCCAUCUAACCACAGGCAGCCCAAGAUGUAUUAUGGGCGUGGACUUCGUGAUGGUGCACAUUUUUUCAAGAAGUUUUCAAUACGGUACAUAGCAUUCCUUUUACCUGAUUACAUUCUUAUUUAUUGUUUUCUUCGAUUCGUAAAUCUUAAUCUAUUCUUACUGUACCUAUAGCUAGAUUUUAUUGUACCGGCGCUGGCGCACGGUGUAUCGCAUUGGUCCUUGGCCGUUUUUUUCGUGAUUAUUUCCAUUCUAAGUAAUGAAUGUAGCUUAUAUUCACCUAGGGCAGUCAGACCAAGGGUUGUUAGUGACUGAAUUACUGUUUCCAUAGAACCAUUCUGUUUGAGUCAUCUUUGUAAGUAUAGAAUAUGCGCUCGGAAAAAAAUAAUUGUAUAUUACGUAGAAUGCAUGUUAUUUUGGCGUUAUGUUUAUCCCCAUUACAGACCACGUACCAUUGGCAACAAGACAAUGUUUCAAGGUUUUCUCUCCGGUUUUCCUCUAAAUUCCGAUUCGAUCAUGGAACAAGGGUCAAAUGUUUGUUAACCACUGACUAUUAAUUGCUACCCUCGUGAAAACUAGGACGAUUUGUUCGAAUCUGUAACCACCAAACAAUGAUAAGAACUUUCAUGGGAAAGAUAACGGGUCUGAAAUAGGAAAAAACCCUAUUAAUUUGUUCUAAUUUCGAGCAGGAUGGUUCGAGAGGAAACAGACAUUCAUGGUGACAGGAAAAUGGUUAAAAACUGAUUGUGGAAGAUUGCAGGUUAAAAUAAUUAGAUGAGUGUUGUGUAAGAAUCAAUGAUUGUCAAACAUUCCCCAAAGAGACACGGUGGCCAUGUUGGUGGUAUUUAAUAUCUCCAACAUGGCUGCGAUGAUGUGACUUGAUGGCGAAUAAUAUGUGUACUGCUUUUUGGGGUUGGUCAGUGGACAUUAUACAGUAGGGAUGUAACAGCGUGUGAAAAGAUAUUAUUUUUAAUAUUAUGAACUACAAGUUUUAAGUGUGUGAAAUAUUAAAAUAUAGAUCUAUAAGAGAA